GACACAGCACAGUUAAUUUACAAGCCUCGAUACACUUAUUGUUUCAAUAAUAAAAGUGAGGAUGAAUGAUCCAUUCAUAUACAAACAUUGGAAUCCUUUACGACAGAAUGAAGGUGAAAUAUUGAAAAAGUAUUCGAAAAUGAUCAAAUGGAGAACAGACGGACUGGAUUCUGUAAUGGACAUUGGAUGUGCUGGUGGUGAUAUAACGAAUGAUUGCAUAGUGCCUCUGCUACCGGAAAAUUUUACUCGACUCAUUGGGGUCGACGUUAGUGAAUCGAUGGUUCAAUUUGCCAAUGAAAAUUUUGCUACAUCGAAAGUGUCGUUUGAUAAACUGGAUAUCGGUGACGAUAUUAGCGAAUUUUUAAACAAUCAUGAACCAUUCGAUCAUCUCUUUUCUCUUUUAUGUCUACACUUGAUUCCUGAUCAGAGGCUUGCAGUAGAAAAUAUUUACAAAUUGUUGAAGCCAACGGGAGACUGUCUUCUCUUUAUUAUCGCCGAGCAAAGACUCUUUGACAUGUACUACGAUUUGUAUGAUAAAUGGAAGCAAUAUUUACCGAUGGUGGACAAUUUCAUAUCGCCAUACUACCAUCGAGUCAAUCCGGUGGAAAUGUUAACAAAUUUAUUGGAAAGAGCCGGUUUUCAGCCGAAUUGCGUUGAGAUGGUGAAGACAACUGUUUACUACAAGGACAUAAAUUGCUACAGAAAUGCAACCGAAUCGUUCAUGCCAUUUAUUUCGAAAAUUCCGACUGAACUUCGAAAAGAAUUUUCCGAUGAUAUGAUACGAUUGGCUCUUUCUUACAACAGCAAACCUUUGCCUGAAGGCGUCAUCGUGGAAAUGCCGUUUCAAUGUUUGAUUGCAUAUGCAUGCAAGAGAGUGUAAGAGCUUCCCAAUUGACAAAUAAUAUGAAAAUAAAUUUUUGG